CGCACUGAUUGGCUGAUUGGCCGCGACCGAGGAAAAACCCGGAUGCGCUGGGCAGCGGUGUUGGCAGUCAGGGCUCUGAUAUUUGGGCACUUUUGGGGGUGCCGGUGUCCCGGGCCGAUGGCGCAGGGUUGGGCAGGCUUCUCUGAGGAGGAGCUGAGGAGACUAAAGCAGACUAAAGAUCCAUUUGAGCCACAGCGACGUCUUCCUGCAAAGAAAAGUCGACAACAACUUCAGCGAGAAAAAGCCAUUGUAGAGCAAAGCCAAAAACUUGGGCUUCAAGAUGGGUCAACCUCAUUACUUCCAGAGCAGCUGCUUUCAGCACCAAAACAGAGAGUUAACCUUCAAAAACCACCUUUUUCUUCCCCUACUCUUCCUGGUCAUUUCAUUCUCACCUCUCCUGUUGGUGAUGGACAACCACAGGGCAUUGAAAGUCAACCAAAGGAAAUGGGACUUGAGAAUUUCCAUGAUCACAGCAAUGUUGACAUUCUACCUCCAAAGCCAGAUUGCAAAUUGGAGAAAAAGAAAGUGGAAUUGCAAGAAAAGUCUCGUUGGGAAGUCCUCCAACAAGAACAACAGCUAAUGGAAGAGAAAAAUAAACGUAAAAAAGCUCUUUUGGCUAAAGCUAUUGCGGAAAGAUCCAAAAGAACUCAGGCAGAGACCAUGAAACUAAAGCGGAUCCAGAAGGAGCUGCAGGCUUUAGAUGACAUGGUAUCAGCUGACAUUGGAAUUCUCAGGAACCGCAUUGAUCAGGCCAGCUUAGACUAUUCAUACGCUCGGUGAGUUGGGGAAGUUGAAUAUGAACAAGGAGUAUGAUUUAAUUAAUGUUUAUUGCCAGCUGUUCCAGGGGCUUUUAUGUAUGUAUCAUUAUUUAGGCCUCAAAACAACCCCAUUCAGUGCUGCAUUUAUUCCUCUUUCCUGCUAAUUCAAGUGUCUCCUCUUCAGUGAAGUCUCCUCUAACUCUCCCCUACUAGUUAACCUUGUUUGUGUGACAUUCUUGCAUUAUUUAUUUACAUUUACAUUAUUAUUUGCAUUUUAGUCUUUGCUGCUAAACCAUCAGCUAUUUAAUGUUUGGAAGUUUUUUUUAUUCAUCUUUCAAGAUCCAGUAAAUAUAUGAGUGAUUUGCUUAACACUGUUAUUUUAACACCAAGUCUGUGUUCUUUACAUUAAAAUUUUUGAUACCUGAUAUGGUCCUAUAGGAUUGAAGCCUAGUUCUCACUUUAGCUUUCAUCAGAGUAAGAGGAUCUAGUUUAUUUUUUAAAAGCUUAUGAAUAUUUUAAAGCAUGUCCUCUGUUUUAGAAAUUUGAAAUAUUUUUCCUUUUUUAUUUUCAGUUAUACUCUGUAUGAAAUGGUUUGAUACAUGUUUCCUUGAUUUCAACCAUUUGCAUUUUUUAAAAGAGAAAAAAAUGCCAUGGAGUAUUUCUAAAAUGAACUAACACAUGUAAUGAAUUACAUGGACUUUGCAGACAGAUAAAAGGGCAAAAAAUUAUGUCCAAUUUCAGGGUUUUCAGCCCUUUCAACAUUGCUUUAAUCAUCCUGGUUUGUCUUUUUUCACAAGGGAAUUCUGUGUUAAUGACUCAGCUUUGUAUCUUUCUCUGUUACACUAGAAAUCAAUCAGAAUGCCUCAUUAGGCCAGGGUAAACCACAACAUCAGAAUGUUUAUAUAACAAUUUAUUAAAGCGGAAAUGCUUGAUUGUGGUUUUUAAUUAACUGUUGAGUGUUUAAGAAA